AUGGCUCAUUGUCAGUUUAUCUGGUUUGAUCGAAAUGGCAGAAGUCCCACCAGCUCCAGCCGCCCCGGCGGCGAAAAGCGCCGCGAAGAAAAAGGCUCCUUCUAAGCCUAAAUCGCCCGGACCGAGCGCCAGUGACCUCAUCAUCGAAGCCGUGUCAGCGUCCAAAGAGCGCAAUGGCGUCUCUCUGGCUGGAGUCAAGAAGUUCAUGCUCGCUAAAGGCUACGACGUGGAGAAGAACAAGGCCCGCCUGAAGACUGUCAUCAAGGGGAUGGUGGUAAAGGGAACCCUAGUCCAGACCAAGGGCACCGGCGCCUCCGGCUCCUUCAAGAUGAGCAAGAAGGUAGAACCCAAACCAACCAAAGCGCCCGCCAAGCCAAAGAAGACCCCCGUCAAAGCCAAGAAAGUCCCGGUGAAGAAGGCCACCCCUAGCAAGAAGCCUAAAGCCACUGCAGCUAAGGCUGCUGUGAAGAAGGCAACUAAAAAGUCCGCUUCGCCUAAGAAGACCAAGAAGCCCGUCAAGAGCGCCAAGAAGCCGGCUGCGUCGCCUAAAAAAGCCCCUGCAGCUAAGAAGGCUGUCGCCGCUAAGAAGUCUCCUGCCAAGAAGGCUGCUAAGCCCAGAACGGUCAAGAAGACUGCCGCUAAGAAGAAGUGAAUCUGCUCGGCGUCACACAAACGGCUCUUUUAAGAGCCACCACAUCUUCAAUAAUGAGUUUAAACGUUCUUGUUUUCAAACGCUACAACUCAAAUACAAUUGACAGUUCAGUGGGCCUCAUACAUCAUUAUACAUUUACUACGUUAGGUUUAAUUUAUUACUCUCUUCAAUCAAGUUUGCUUUUGAAACUUAUUAUUUUCUCUUUACUGGUUUUCUUGUCUAAUUUCUAAUUUCCACUUGUAUCAUUUGUAAAUACUUUAUUGUACUCUGUAAGUGCUGUCGUCAGACUGUUGAACAGUCAACUUAGCAUUCCUCUGUGCACUUUGUAAAUACUGUUUUUGUUUCCUGCACUGUGUACAUUAUCACUGCAGCGCUUUAUACUUAUCUUAUUUCAUAUUUAUAUAGAAAUGUCACUUUUUAUUCAGCCGAAAUAUCAUUUCAUUGUUGAGAGCCGUAUGCAACGAAAUUUUGUUUUGUGUGCACCAAGUGUUUACAAAAUGACAAUAAAGUCUAAGUCUUAAUAAAAACAUCUUUUAUAAA